GCCGCGCUCGCCCGCCUCCAGCAGCGCGCGCAGUGGCUGCCCGCCUCCCAGGACGUCCGGCUGUCCCUGGAGCGGGCGGAGCGGCUGCUGACGGAGGUGGAGAUGGCGUCGCGACGCCUGGAGACGCUGUGCGACGCCCGGCGGGAGCGGCUCCGGGACCUGGCCAGGCUGCGCGCGCUCCAGCACGAGAGCGAGCAGGUACUGUCGUGGCUGUGCCAGAAGGGGGAGGAGACGCUACGCCGACACUCCCAGCUGGCCACCAGCCUGCCCGCCAUCAAGGAGCAGGAGAACGACUUCGAGAAGUUCUACUUCAUCUCCAUGCGCCACCUGGACAAGGGCUCGGACCUGCUGGAGGAGUGCUCCGGAGAGGCCCGCGGUGGCGGCCUGCGGGAGCUGGCGCGCUCGCUCAAGACCCACCUGCUCGGCUUCAGCGAACGACUCGAGGACACGCGGGAGCGACUCGAGGACACCUCGCGCUGCUUCUGCCUCCUCGACAAGGCGUACGAGUGGGCUCUGGAGACGAUGAAGUACGUGUCGCGCGUGAAGACUGGCGAGGCGGCGACGGCGGAGCAGGGCCUGCAGCUGCUGCGCAACCUGCGCCAGUACCUGAUGGCGCACCCGCCCAUCGCGGAGGACCACUUCCACGAAAUGCUGGCGCUGGCGCGCAAGCUAGCCAACGACAAGCUGCUCGAGCAGGCCAAGGUGGCACAGGCGCGGUGUCAAGAGACAAUGGAGCUGAUCCGUGAGCAGCAGACGCGGCUGGUGCGCAUGCGUCGCGAUCUAGGGGCAGAGGAUGCAGACAGCGACGAGGCCCUGCUGCUGGGGCUGGAUCAGCUGGUGACAGCUGCAGUCGCCACCACCGGCACUUCCGCCAGCAGCACGACACCUUGCAGCUCGGGACGGCGCCGCUCGCUGGGUGCUUUCCCGUACAUCUACAAAUGCAGCCACCACGCAGAGGGCCGAGCCUGCUCCUGCUGUGACCCCACACCACCGCCUCCAGAUUACGCCUCGUCUGCUGCCAGUGGCACCGGCAGUGGCAACAGCAGCACGAGUGGCGCAAGUGCCUCUGGCAGCCGCCUCAAUGGCAUCCGUGAAGAGGAGCGGGAGGGUUCCGAGGAUGGUAACAAAGAUGAAGAAAGCAGUGUGUCUGCCACCAUAGCGGAAGACGAAUGUACCCGCUGUGACCACCAGCAGACUGACCAUCCCCAGCAGUUUGUGGGGAAAAGGCCGCUGAGGCGAGCCUGUACCUGGCAGUACCCUGUGGAGAGUUUUGAAGACGAGGGUGUCUCCUGUACCGGUGGAGAUGAUAAAUGUGGCUACUCGGGUGGCGGCAGCACAACAGAUGGCAGUGAUGGCUGCCCAAAGAAUGGGGAGGACUUGGAAGAGCAUGAUAAUUCUAGUGGAAGUGGCAGUAAACCAAUGCCACCAGUCCCUGUGAACAGUCACCUGCAUUGUCACACAUCUAAUUUAAACAUCCAGGCGGACUCAGCUAAGGAGCUGAAGACACAGAAAACAUUGUUGUUAAUAAUGAGGGAGAUGAUACAGACUGAACGAGAUUACGUUAAAUCUUUGGAGUACGUUAUUCAGAACUACAUUCCAGAACUUCUAAGAGAAGAUAUUCCACAAGCACUAAGAGGACAGAGAAAUGUUAUUUUUGGCAAUAUAGAAAAGAUAUUUGAAUUUCAUAGCCAAUACUUUCUGCAAGAACUGGAGCGCUGUGAAAACAGCCCGUUACUUGUAGGGCAGAGUUUCCUUCGACAUGAGAAGAAAUUUUACCUGUAUGCACUGUAUAACAAAAACAAACCAAAGUCAGAUUCUCUUAUGUCGGAAUAUGGAACUUCCUUCUUUAAGGGUAAGCAGCUUGAGCUAGGUGAUAAAAUGGAUUUGGCUAGCUAUCUACUUAAACCAGUACAGCGAAUGGGAAAGUAUGCUCUACUGCUACAGCAGCUAAUGAAAGCAUAUCCUGACAAAGAGAGUGAGAUUGCUGAUAUCCGCGCAGCUGAACAGAUGGUUCGUUUCCAGCUACGUCACGGCAAUGAUCUUCUGGCUAUGGACUCUCUUAGAGAUUGUGAUGUGAAUGUGAAAGAACAAGGAAGAUUACUACGUCAAAAUGAAUUCCUAGUUUGGCAGGGAAAAGGAAAGAAGUGCCUUCGACAUGUCUUUCUGUUUGAAGAACUUAUCCUCUUUAGUAAAGCAAGGCGGUUUCCUGACAGGAAGAAUUUGGACUUGUAUAUCUACAAGAAUAGCAUUAAAAUGACAGAUAUUGGACUAACGGCUAAGAUUGGAGAUAGCCCAACCAAGUUUGAAAUAUGGUUUAGGAAACGAAAACCAAAUGACACCUUUACAUUGCAGUCCAUGUCUGAAGAAAUUAAACAAGCAUGGACUGAAGAAAUAUCAAAACUUCUGUGGAAACAGGCGCUGAGAAAUAGAGAGAUGCGCCUCGCUGAAAUGUCUUCCAUGGGCAUUGGAAACAAACCAUGUUUAGACAUCAGGCCAAGCGCAGAUCAGAUUAAUGACAGGUCCAUCAGCAUUGCACAGUUGAGCAAAACUGCCCCGCGAUUCCGCAACUCUAUCACGGUGGCACCAGGAGAGCUCUCGCGCAAUAACAAGCGGCCACAUUCUAUAAUCUCAGUGAGCAGUUCAUCAUCAUCUGCUGGCAGUAACAGCAGCCAUGGGACGCUGCACCUGGGCUUUGAGUCUGUAGACAGCCCAAGGGCUCACCAUCGCUCCACAACACUGCACAGCCAGUGUUCUACUGAGAGUGGGAUCAUAGCAGAUAUGUCAUUGGGCUCGGAGGAUGCAGAUGCAAGUCACUGGCAUGUAGAACGGUCAAACAGUUCAGCUACAUCUGUUUCACUUGAUUCUUCAUUAUCGCCAGUAUCACCUACAGAAGAUCUUAAAACCUGUCUUGAAGGUGUUAAAGUGAAGGGACAAGAAACAACAGAACUUCAAUCACCAGACUCUGGUGUUGUUCCUGAUGAAAUGUCAGUAAAACUUUGAAAUGAGGUGCUAUACUAAACAUAACUUCAUUUAUUGACUUUCCUCAAACUAUUCAAAACAUUUUUAAAAGAGCGUGUGUGUGUUUUUGGUGCUUGUCACCUAGUUCUCGUGUGCAUAAACACUCAUGUAGUGCAGGACUGCUUCAUUAUAACAGUGUAUUUAAGAUUCACUGUAAAAGUGAAAUAACUUGUGUACAAUUCAUACAUUGCAGAUGUUUAAUUUUCUAAUAUCAGAAUGUAAUGAUGUACUUAUAUUAGUAUUAAAACUACUGUAAAUACACAAAUGGAAAAUGUGUACAGGACUUCCUUGAACACAGUAUUUAUUAAUAAACUUUGCUAAACUGUGCUUUUUGUACAGUGCUGACAUUUUUAAAGGAAAAAAAAGCUGCAAAUUCAAUCUAUUUUUAAACAUGAUGCAUAUUUGCCUCUCUCUCUCUCUCUCUCUCUCUCUCUCUCUCUCUCUCUCUCUCUCUCUCUCUCUCUCUCUCUCUCUUCCCCCCCCCCCCCCCCCAACCUCCCCCAUAUAAAGCUUGUCAAAUUUUUUUAUGACCUUAUGGCAUUAAAUGAAAUUUUUAUUCAUUAGCACAAUUUCCCAACAUAAAAUUUAUGUUGAUGUAAUUUUAGGCAGUUAAAAGGUCCAAAACUGAUUCAUUUAAUAUGGGUAUGAAAAGUCUUUAAAUCUGUAUCCAGUUGCCUUAAAUAUAUUUUGAAGAAUAAAUAUAACUUUGAAUAGUUAAACUUAAGCUCAAGUAUAAUACUAACAGUAAAAAUAUACAUACAUAAUAUAUUUUUGAUAAUUCAACAUUUCCUACAUGAGUAAUUCCAGACACUUUUAUUCAGUGUAUUUAGUGCCUGCAGUUGGAUUGAGUCCAGUCUGCAGUCAUAAUGACUGCUAACAACUGUUUUACUGUGUUGAAUGUGCAGUUUACAUGAAAAGCAGAAUGAUUUUUCAGUACUAUAAAUUAUGUUCACCAAUUAGAAAUGUGAUAAUUAAUUUGAUUUGGCAGCUUUUAAAAUUUAGAAAAUUUAUGAAGUUUAUUUUUAUGAGAUGACUAUGCUGUUGAACAAUGAGCAAGCCAUUAUGUACUGUAUUGACUGCUGUCAGACAGGAAAAAAUAAGUAAAGAGUCUUUGUAAAUUAAUGUAAUAAAAGUUUGUAUUUAUAGC